GACUCUGUGAAGCAUUUUUCAGCACACCUAUCCCACAAAAAUAAAAUAUCUAACAGAAAAAAGAGAGGAAGAAUCUCAGAGUAAAUAUUAUAUGAGCUUCUCCUACCAUCACAACCAAAUCAUCCGAUCACGGUGCUAGACUAACAACGGAGAACGAACUCGCCAUGGAGAGCACCGAUUCUUCCGGUGGUCCUCCACCACCACCUCAGCCUAACCUUCCUCCAGGAUUUCGGUUUCAUCCAACCGAUGAAGAGCUCGUCGUUCACUACCUCAAACGCAAAGCCGCCUCCGCCCCUUUACCUGUCGCCAUCAUCGCUGAAGUUGAUCUCUACAAAUUUGAUCCAUGGGAACUUCCAGCCAAGGCAUCGUUUGGUGAGCAAGAAUGGUACUUCUUCAGUCCUAGAGAUCGGAAGUAUCCAAACGGAGCUAGGCCGAACAGAGCGGCGACGUCAGGGUACUGGAAAGCGACGGGUACUGACAAACCGGUGCUAGCCUCGGACGGGAACCAGAAGGUCGGCGUGAAGAAGGCACUGGUCUUCUACAGUGGCAAACCUCCAAAAGGUAUUAAAAGUGAUUGGAUCAUGCACGAGUAUCGUCUCAUAGACAACAAACCAAACAACAGACCACCAGGUUGUGACUUCGGUAACAAGAAAAACUCCCUCCGGCUUGAUGAUUGGGUGCUAUGUCGCAUCUACAAGAAAAACAACUCCGGUCGACAUGUGGAUAACGAUAAGGAUCAUGAUAUGAUUGAUUACAUCUUCAGGAAAAUCCCUCCACCGUUAUCUAUGGCGGGACUUCACCAUAAUGUCUCAAGAUCAGCGAGCUUCUUCCCGGGUUACGGAAUUUUCUCCGACGGCCAUCACGGUCUGUACGAAGGAAGUGGCAUGAUCAACAACAACAUGGCAGUCCGCAGCAACGGUGCUGGCUCUGUUAAUGGUGAUCCUGACGCCGUCGGUAACUGUUUGAAUCCUGCUUCCUCCUCUGGACCGAUGAUGAUGGCGAACCUGAAACGAGCUCUUCCGGUGCCUUUUUGGCCUUUAGCGGAGGAGGAACAUGAUUUAUCUCAGAGAAAACGUUUUCAUGGCGGAGCAGGAGGAGGAGAAUGUUCGAACAUGUCUUCUUCGAUGAUGGAAGAGACACCACCGUUGAUGCAACAACAAGUUGGUGUGUUAGGAGAUGGGUUAUUCGGAACGACGUCGUACCAAUUACCUGGUUUAAACUUUUACUCAUCUUAAAUCAAUAUGUGUUUCGCCGCCGGUGUGAAAAAAAUUUACGGUGACAGUGACGAAUUGCAGAGUACGGUUUUUAUGAUUGGUGGGGUCAUUUGCAUUGUGUAGUUUGAGAUUUGUGUAUAUAUUUUGGGUUAACUAAUUGGUCAUAGCUAGGGCAUUUAGAGAGGGGGAGAUGUGAGGCAAAAAAUCUUAUACAUACAUAGGAUUAUUGAAAGAGUAUACUGUUCUCUUGAUUUAAAUGUUGAAAUGUAAAAAUAUACAUACUUAGAUGUUUAAAUAAUAUAUUGUAUAGAUGCAUUUAGUCAUCUCAAUUAUAUUUGAGAUUGUAUUCUCUUUGUAAAAGGAAACCAUAAAAAAUAAAUAAAAAUAGCUGUGUAACUGUGUACUUUUCA